UUGCUUCCUCAUUCCCCUUCCAGAUCUGCAGGCUCUGGCAGUGUGGCCCGUGGUGGGUCAGAACGCUGCCUGGGCCAGCAGGCAGGGCAAACCCAACCUGCGCAGAGGCCUGAGCAGGCACCUUCCUGCAGCACUGGGGGAGGGGCAACCAGAAAACCCCAUCUUCACCCACUGUACCCUGUGCCAGCCUCCGUCCUGACCUUGCCUGGAGUUCCCCCAGUUGUCACCCCAAGCAAAGAUCAGGUGCUGUCAUCAAGCCUUAGAAGUUGUUUGAAAAGCUAAUCUUGCCUUAGAAGGCGCUGGGGCUGGUUUGAGAGGCAUGACACAGGACCGCUCUGCUCCGGGGACCCUGCCUUGGGAUACGUUCCUCUACUCCCCAUCUGAGUGCUCUUCAUGUGGGCUCCCUGGCACCUGGGAUGAGCACACAGUUAACUGUCCGGGAAAAGCUUCAUGCCAUGCAGGUGCAGAAGGAUGUUUUCAAUGGUCCAGAACGAGAAGAUUUCUCAUGAGGCUCUUUUGAAUCACUUCAAGCAAAAUAAGGUGGAGAUAGCAAACGCAAUAACAAAGCCAUUUCCUUUCCUUGAAAGCCUCAGGGACCGCUCCUUUAUCACGGAAAAAAUCUAUAAAGAUUCUCAAGAAGCCCAUAGAAACUUGGUUCCGGUAGAGAAAGUGGUAUAUAAUAUUCUCUGCUACCUUGAGAAGACUUUUGAUAGGUCACUCCUACAAGUCCUGUUCAGCAGGGUUCAUCUGAAGGAGUAUCCCGAUUUAAUUCCUGUUCAUAGACUCUUCGAAAAUGUAAUUGAAGACAAGUAUUUUCCCCAGAAAAGUGAUAGCAAAGAGACACAAAAGACACCCAACACUGGGCCAAGCUGUGAACAAGUGCCCGAUGAAUCCAAAGUUUUAAGAAUGAAGGAGAGGAAGUCAGAGAAGGUGUGUGGCCUGCUGGACAAUGGACAAGGGGCAGAGCUCUCCAGGUACGAACUUCUAGUACAGUCUUGUGCCAGGCAGCUGGUGGAUAUACAGAAGACAAUUGCAUCUUGUCACCUCAAAAUUAACCAAGAAGGCCAGUCGGCAGGAACAGCAUAUGUCCAAGUACCUGAAAUAAUCAUAAUCAGCAGUGAAUCCAGUGAGGAGGAAGAGCCCCCAGCAGCUCUGAGCUCAGCACAAGGACGAGGGCUGGAGGAGGAGGGUGAGGAUGGCGAGCUUUCGGCCGCGGACCAUCAGGUGUCUGAAUUCAGAGCCCCUGCUUCCUGACGCGUUGUACUUUGAGUGUGCUCUACAGCCAGUGGUCCUGUCAACACUGCGGACAUAUUCUCUGUAUUUACCUCAUGCGCCAUUUUGGGAAAUGUGGGAGACAAGGUCCUAGUCACUAAAUAUGUGUGUUGAUAUAUAAAGGUUAGAGUAGAAACAAA